UCUUUGAUUGUGCGACAGGCCUCGGCGCGAGCAGCGGGGCCUCACACAACUAGAAAAACGGUCUGACACGAGAUAACGGGAGGGGAUAGACACGGAACCACGGGACAACUGCGUACCGGUUCCCACAGUAACGGCCGAACAGACAAAGAAAGUCUGACAGCUUGAAACGGCACAGAAGACAUAAAACAGGAGCCGUGCAUGUGGAGAGCGGUUUGUAGACAGCCAAAGAGCAAAGUAGCUAACCAUCGUUAGCAGAACAGGGUUAGCAGGCUAGCCCGCUUUUGUAAUCCGCCGGCCAGACACAUAUCCGUCCACCACAAACCACGCCGGAUUCGGAUUUCAAAUCAGGCCGCACAACAGCCAAACGGACAAAGAAAGCACCGGCGGUGGCAGGAGGCUGGUUCUGGGGGCGAGGCCAAAGGACCAGACUCAAUGAGUUUACAGCGAAAUGACAGAGAAGUCAGGACAAAGCACCAAGGCAAAGGAUGGCAAAACUAAAUAUGCAACCCUUAGCCUCUUCAACACAUACAAGGGCAAAUCUCUGGAAACCCAGAAAACUGCAGUGGCUGCCAGACAUGGGCUCCAAAGUUUGGGCAAAGUGGCUGCCAGCCGGCGCAUGCCCCCUCCGGCCAACCUGCCCAGUCUGAAGGCAGAGAACAAGGGAAACGACCCCAACGUCAACAUUGUCCCCAAAGACGGUAGUGGCUGGGCCUCUCGACCUGAGGGAGGGGAGGAGAGGCAACAGGAGACACCCCCGCCCCCGAUCAAACCACCAGUGAUCCCGCCACCAGAGCCUUCUAUUGUGGGUAGCCGCUCCUGGGCCAACAGCAAGCCGACGCAGCUAGAAGGAGCUCCUCGUGUGAGCAGCCAUUUUCACCAGGAGUUUCCCAGCUUGCAGGCGGCUGGUGAGGUGGAGAAGGGGGACGGUCAAGAAGAAGAGCCUUAUGGACCAGGCCCCAGCCUCAGACCUCAAAAUGUUGGCAGUUGGCGUGAGGGUGGAGGCAGGAAUUUGAUCACUGCACCCAGCCCCCCUGAGAUGGACAACAGGCCUCCGGAGGAAGGUGGUACGGCCCUUGUUACCUCUACACCACCAGGGGAAGCUGAUGAGGCUGGGCAAAACGUAACCACUGACAUUCAGAGGGAGAAGAAGGAUGGCAGGGAGAGGUUGCCCCCCUCUGCCCCCCCUCCUCAGCCUAAACUUAAUGGGGGGCAGCAGCCUCCUGCUGGAGUGCCAACUCACUUUGACCCUGCUUUCCGGAGCAUGAUGCCACCAUAUAUGUUCCACGCGUACCCUCAAAUGACUUUUGCCCCAGGGCAAGGAAACUUUAGAUACCCUGUACCACAAGAUGGAGCAAAGGUGGUCAGGGGUCCUCGUUCAGCACGACCCCAGCAGGCUCCCCCUCAAUCCUGGCUCCUGGACCCAGACAGACCGUCUAUCAUCAGCGCAACAGAACUUAAAGAGCUGGACAACUUAGACACUGAUACUGACGAGGGCUGGGCAGGAGCCCAGAUGGAGGUGGACUAUACCGAGAAACUAAACUUCAGUGAUGAAGAGGAGAACCAAGCUAAUAAAGACAAAAGAGAAAACUGGGAGUGGAUGGGUAAAGUGGAGCGUAUAAGAUCUCGGCCACCAGACGGUCAGGAGGGCUGGAAGGAGGGUACUGAGGACCGUGGGGCCAGUAGAACCUCACGGGCCGAUGGUCCACAGGCUCCACAGGACUACCAGGGCGGCGGUCGUUCUGUAGUUGGCGGAGCGCCACGUGUGACCAAACCACAGGCUGCAGCAGCACCUGGUGCCGAUGAGGACCCUGAGGCCUGGCGACAGAAGCGCAAGAAGCCUCAAGAAGUUUCUGAAGCUGUAGAAAGAGCGAGGCGCCGAAGAGAUGAAGAAGAACGGCGGAUGGAAGAACAGCGGCUUGCUGCUUGUGCUGAAAAACUUAAACGUCUCAAUGAAAAACACCGUCCGGCAACUGAGGGCAAAUCUGCCCUUUCUCAGACCAACAAUGAUGAAGUAGGAGCUGCCGAGGAAGAAGAGUCAUCAGCUCCUGCAUCCAGUCCUGUACCUUUGAUCCCAGUUUCACAAUCACCAGCCCCAAUCAUGCAAGUUCCUCUACCUGAGAGGGUGGAUCAGGAUGGGGAGAUAAUGGAGCGUGAACAAGAGAUAGUAGAACAGAGUGUGGAGGAGGAGGAGGAGGAAGAGGAGGAGGAGAUUCACUUGCCUCGUCAGCCCAGUCCUCCUAUCCAGAGACCUGUGGCAGUAGCUCCAGAGCCUCCGAGUGAUGAAGAGAGCUCCUUGGUUGAGGUCGACCCCCUGAUGGAGGAGAACCAGGUAGACAGGACAAUGCCUAUCCAAGACUAUUUCAACUUAGAGGACAACAGAGUGGAUGAGCCCCACCUGUCUCUGCCUCACGUGGACCCCCCCAGUGGGGAGGAUGUCACUGUGGCACCACCACAGCUUGAAGGAGAAACUGCAGCAGCUAUGCGUCCCUCUCUUACCUCAGGCUAUUCCAAACAGUUUCAAAAGUCUUUGCCGCCUCGUUUCCUCAGACAGCAGGAGCAGAUGAAGCAGCAACAGUGGCAACAACAGCAGCACCAGAGUGGGGGCUCUGUGUCUCCAUCAAAUGGUGGCGGCGUUCCAGCACCCCAACAACAGCAGCAGCAACACCGCUCGAUGUAUCAACCCAUAGGCCCCCACCACCAGCACCUGGCUUCCAUGGGGUUUGACCCCCGCUGGCUCAUGAUGCAGUCCUACAUGGAUCCCCGCAUGAUGUCAGGACGUCCUCCCAUGGACAUGCCAACUAACAUUCACCCUGGGAGGAUGCCGCCUAAGCAGAUUGUGCGCAGAGAACCUGGUGACAACUCCAGCUCCAGCUCUGACUCCUUUGACCAUUUGACCCGACCAAAUCGUGAUCAUGGUCUGCCGUCAGACUCUCGGAUGGUAUGGGGAUCGGACCCAUAUCCACAAUCAGAGCCAUUACCCUCUGUAACUCCUCCAAAAGGACGGGAUGAUGACAAGGAUCUGAGGAUGGACUCUGGUUUGGAUCUGGACAGGGGUCUCCCAGCUAUGUUUCCCCAGGACCACAGUGCAUUGGACUCUCAUAAUAGUAACUUCUUCCAGGACCCUACAGAGUCCCUGUCAGCAUUUACCCAGGGCCCAGAGGAUUCAUCGGGGCCUCUAGACAGAGUCCCUGUAGGCUCAGCCUUUGAUUCUGAGGAACCAGGCCUACCCAGUGGGGAAGAGGUAGAAGCUCUUGGUCAAGCUAUGCUCCAGAGGAGUGUCUCCCAGGGCUCCAGCCACUCGCUCAAGCUAGAUGAGCCCAGAUUUGAUGGGCUAUCCCUGGGAACAAAAUCCCUAGAGAUACAGGACACAGGAGAACAGGCUGAUGAUAAGCCUCAGAAUGAACUCGACCCCCAGGCUGCGGUGACUUGCAACAGGGCUACACCACCUGCUGAUGGAUUACACAAACAAGAGAAGCUGCCUCUGCCAGCUCCAAGCAAGCAGAAAGCUGAGCUGCGCUGGGGUGGAAGAUCAGGGGCCGGACGCAGAGAAGGUCCUGGCGGCGAGAGACCUGUGCGCAGGUCUGGGCCAAUAAAGAAGCCUGUCCUCAGGGACAUGAAAGAAGAGAGAGAGCAAAGGGAAGAGAGAGAGAAGCGUCACGAGAGAGGAGAGAGAGGGGAGAGAGGAGAAAGAGGGGAGAGAGGAGAAAGAGGGGAGAGAGGAGAAAGAGGGGAUCGAGGGGAAAGAGGAGACCGGUCCAAAAAGGAUCAGUCAUCCAAAGCUCCAUCUGCAGCUGCUGUUGUGUCUGAGGGCUCUAAACCUCAGGGUGAGGGGAAGAGGGAAGCUGCUGAUCCUGAGGAAACACUGACUGUCCAUCCAAGAGUCAGAGAUUCCCAGCCUUCAUCUGCAGCUCCCACCUCUUCCUCUCAAGAGGAGAAGGCAGACAAACCGCCCAGCAAUGACAAACAUCCAGAACCCAAACUGCCAUCCAGGAAAGAGUCCAACCUUCCUCCACGUGGCUACCGACGUGAGGAGAGGGAGAGGGAACGCGAGAGGGAGAAGGAUAUGGACAAGGACCGAGACAGAGACCGAGAUAGAGACCGAGACCGAGACAGAGAGUGGCCUGCUGACUCAAAUUUCAAAGCGCGUGGUCGAGGGGAGUAUUAUUCCAGAGGACGGAGCUACCGUGGGACAUAUAGUGGCCGAAACAGGGGGGGUCGUGGUCGAAGCCGGGCAGAGUACAAUUACCGAGAGCCCCGAUCACGCUCUGAUUUACCUUCUGCUGGAGGUGCUGCUGCCUUUCGCAACAGGGAAGAAAGCGAAACACGCAGCGAAAGCUCAGACUUUGAGGUUAUACCAAAACGUAGACGCCGUCGUGGUUCAGACACAGAUUCUGAAAGUGAAGGUGGGAGAGAGUCUGCCAGUGAUACUGGACCCUCUGACCGUGAGCCUAGCACCAAACCUAGCCGUCCAUUGAGACGAGAGCUCCCUGGGGAGGCCCGGUCUGGGCCCCACAAACCAGGCUUUGGACCGCCUCACAUUGGUGAAAGGGUUGGACCCAGAGGGGAUGAUGAAAGCAGACCCAAGCCAGGAUUUCUUCCAAAAGGUGAGCCUUCUCGACGAGGAAGGGGAGGUCUUUACAGUAGACGAGGUGGAACAAGGGAGCGUGGUGGUCCUCGCUCAGGCCCUCUUAGACGGCCAGGAGCUAGGGAGUCCUCUUCUCAGUGGCCCUCUAAACCCAUGGAGACAUUCAGGCCUGAGGACACAGAGUCCUCACAAAGAUAUGACAAUCCUGCCGCUGACAGACGGCCCCCUAGGUCUGAUGUCAAGAGAUUUGGGGAUGGGGCUCUUCAGAGUAGUAGAGAAAGGCCUCGUCGCUCCAGACCAGCACGGCCCCCCAGGCAAGAUAAACCCCCCCGCUUUAGGCGUCUGAAGGAGCGGGAGGCUGCAGUUUUAGCUAGUGGAGAAACAGCCCCAAGUCCCCCUGUCCCUCUACUCUCAAUGCCUGCUGCUGCUGUCCCUAGCUCUGCCCCAAUCUCCCUCUCCCCAACCCUGUCUAGAGCCCCCGGGACCCCUGUAACUGUGCCUGCCGAAGUGGCAGCCACUAUGCCAGCACCCGACUUGUCCUCUCCUAUGGAAGCACCCUUGCCUGAGACCAGCAGCCCCACCAUCACUGCAGUCGGUACCAAGUCCCCUGACUUGUCCAACCAGAACUCUUCAGAUCAAGCCAAUGAGGAAUGGGAAACUGCGUCUGAGAGUAGCGACUUCAACGAAAGGAGAGAGCGAGAAGAACGGAAAGGAGCACUUGAGGCGGCUCAUGAAGCAGCCGCUGCCUCUGCCCCGGUACCCGCAUCCCCUCAGGGCUCUUUGACUCCCAAUAAAAGCCCUCCUGAUGGACGGGUGACUCCGAAACGUGAAGGGGCUCCUGCAGUAAAGAGGAGUUUCUCAAAUCAGAGGCCUACAGAGAGACAGAAUCGUAGAGGCAACAGUGGAGCCAAACCAGUCCGGAGCUACGCAGGGGGCAAGGGGGAGAGGAGGGGAGGGGCCAAAGCCGGCCGCAAAGGCCCUUCAGCACAGCAGAACUUGGAUGGGAUGGCACAAACAGCCGGAGGAGCAUCCCAGAGGCCUACAAAAGACCAGUCUAGCCGUCGCAAAGAGGAGGCAAAACAGGCCGCCAAGAAGCCCAAAGAGAACGCUCUUUCUCAGUUUGAUCUGAACAAUUAUGCCAGUGUUGUGAUCAUUGAUGACCACCCAGAGGUCACCACCACAGAAGACCCACAGUCCAGCACCAAUGAUGACGGCUUUACAGAGGUGGUCUCCCGCAAGCAACAGAAACGCCUGCAGGACGAAGAGAAACGGAAAAAGGAAGAGCAGACUACUCAGAACUGGAGUAAAAAAGGCUCUGGUGAGAAGAGCAGAGGAGGAGGAGGAAAGUUGCCACCAAGAUUUGCUAAAAAGCAGUCAUCACAUCAGCAGCAGCAUCAGCAGCAACAACAGCAGCAGCAGCAACAGCAGCAGCAACAGGCAUCCCAGUCUCAGCCUCCUUUAGCCCCCACAUCUCAGGCCCAACAGCAACCCCCCAUUUCUGCUCCCCAGCAUCCUCACCUUGCCCCCUCCCAGCCCGCUGCAUCCCCGCAGACUCUGGAAGGAACAGUUGCUCCACUGCCCUCCAUCCCCCCUGUCUCUGUGGAUUUUACCUCAAAGAGCCUACCCCCCGCAGCUGCGCAGAUACAAAACACUCUGGGUACAGAACUGUGGGAGAACAAGGUUGCGAGCUCCACAGUCCUUCCUGAUGUCAAGAAGCUUGGUCCAAUCAGCCCUCCCCAGCCACCUUCUGUGAGUGCCUGGAACAAACCUCUUACCUCCUUUACUGGCACUGUCUCCUCUGAGGGUAUGAAGCCUGGAUCAGAAGGAAGUAUAGAAAUGGCAAUAGACAUUAUUCAGUUUGGAGCGCCAUCAUCUGCAGGCAGCACUGACAGUGAUGGAGUUCCAGCGUUACUAGAAACCGUCUCUGAAAACAAACUACCCGCUCCCAAAGAACAGAGACAGAAGCAACCUCGAGCUGGCCCAAUCAAAACGCAGAAGCUUCCCGAAAUGGAACCAGUGGAAACCAAGGAGUACAAGCCAGGUCCCAUCGGUAAAGAGCGCUCUUUAAAGAAUCGCAAGGCCAAAGACGCACGUGGAGGCGAAGGCGAGGGGAUGGAGGGAGGAGUCCCUAGCGGAGGCGUCAGUAGAGCCACAGACUCCAGUCCUCCCUGCAUUGACACCACAGUACCAGAGCUGGGAGGAGACAUCGAGGGCAUGAUCACAGUCCCCUUAGCGGAGUACAUUAACUCUAAGGAGUCUGUUACCGACUACACCACACCCUCCUCCUCACUGGCUGACAGUGUUCCUACAGGAGUUAACAAAAUAGAAGAAAGUUUGGUGGCAAGCGUGGCACUACCCCACUCAUUGCCCCUUCCUCGACGAGAGACCCUGCAGCAGGGCACCAGCCUCAGCACGGUCUCUCCUGCUACUGUUGACCUAACAUUAAAGAUGGAAUCGGCUCGUAAGGCGUGGGAGAACUCCCCGAGUCUGGAGAAGAAUUCUCCUGCCACUUCCUCUUCCUCCCCCAUCACCCCCGGUGCAUCCUCGUACUCCACCUUCUCCUCAGCCUCCAUGCCACAGAUCCCUGUGGCUUCUGUUACACCCAGCACCUCACUCACAGGUUCUGGUACCUAUACAACAUCAUCCCUCAGCACCAAGACCACCACAGCCUCUGACCCCCCUAACAUCUGUAAAGUGAAGCCCCAGCAACUGCAGAGUGGAAGUCUGUCCUCCUCCAGCAGUAGCAGUAGUAGCGGCAGCUUCUCUCAGUUGGGCUGUGUGCCUACACUCCUGCCCCAGCAACAGCAGACCCCACAGGUGUACGUCUCUCAGUCUGCAGCAGGUUCUGCAGCUCAGAUUCCAGCCUUCUAUAUGGACACUAGCCACUUAUUCAGUACCCCCCACCCUCGCUUGGCGCCUCCCUCCCUGGCGCAGCAGCAAGGUUUCCAGCCCGGCCUCUCACAGCAGACGGCAGUGCAGCAGAUUCCAAUUCCUAUCUACGCUCCACUACAGGGUCAGCAUCAGCACCAGCACCAACAUCAGCACCAACAUCAGCACCAACAUCAACACCAACACCAACAUCAACACACACACCAGGCUCAGCUAGGACUCAGCGCUGGUCCUCCAGUCUCUCAGCCACAGGACCUGUUCAGCUCCUCACUGCAGCCUUACAGGUCUCAGCAGGCGUUCAUGCAGAGCAGCCUGUCUCAGGCCUCCAUGAUGCUGUCAGGACCGUCCCUGCACAGCUAUCCUGGCGUGCAGGCAUCAGAGUUGGGCAAGCCUCAGUCUAAUAUGGCCUAUCAGCAGGCCUCCUCCACCCAGCACAUUCCUAUUCUGUUUGAGCCGCAGCUGAACCAGCCCUCUGGCAUGGGAGGCUCCCAGCUCAUUGACACACACCUGCUGCAGGCUCGACAGGGGAUGAGUCAGCAUUCAAACAUGUACUCUGGGCAGGUACAACAGCACGGACAGAGUAGCUACUAUAGCAACGCUCAGUCGGCCAGUUCUGCAAUGCAACAGGUGACAGUCCCUCUGUCCAAUUCCCAGUUGUCCCUGUCAAAUUUUGGCUCGGGUGGAGGCCAGCCCCUCCUAGCGCUGCCUCCCACUCCUCCCCAGGCCCAGCCCCCCAACAUCAACCGACAGCCCCCGAUCUCCCAGCCAUACCGAGGCAUCAUGGGCCCCAGCCACAGCAUGAUGCAGCCUCCCACUAGCAAGAUGGACAUGGAUCUGAAACUCUUUGGCAGUGGGAUGGAUAUGAAGCCCGGGACCCCUCCUAUCGGCGCCAGGAGCACUACACCCACCUCCAGCCAUUACAGGGCCAGCUCCACAUCUCCUAGCAGCCAGUCCAGUAAGAUCAACAGCAUGCUGUACCAGAAGCAGUUUCAGGCUAGCUCUGCUGGCAUGAGAAUGGCACAGCACUUCCCUGGCCAGUUCAACCCACAGAUUCUGUCUCAGCCCAACAUCGUCUCUCCUCUGGUUCGACCUCCUCCUAACUCGUUUGCUGGUGGUGUCCAGCGCUCUCCAAUGGGCCCUCCAAUGUCAGCUAAUGUGGGUGGUGGUCUCAUGCCCCAUCCCCGACCUCAGCACCUACAGCAUCCGCAGCAUCAGCAGCACCAACUGCACCAACAGCACAGCCAGCACCCUCCCCGAGGACCUCCUUGUCCCUCGCUUGCUCCCAGAGGACCACAGGGGUCUCUGAAGGCUGAACAGGACCUAAAGGCGAAGCAGCGUGCUGAGGUGCUCCAGUCCACUCAUAAGUUCUUCUCAGAGCAACAGCAAAUCAAGGCCCCGCAAGUCAGCAAAGUGACCCGGCUUGAUCAGGGGGGGAAACCCUCACUCGACACCUCUGCGCCAAACCACCAGGCAGUAUGCGACCGCCCAGAUUCCGACAAACCCCCCAUCUCCACGGCCAAGCCCAUACGGACUGGCCCCAUAAAACCGCAGGCCAUGAAACCAGAAGAGGGCAAGUAAAGAUCUGCCGAACCCUCUACAGAAGACAAUAUGAAUGGAUGGAAGAGAGAAUCUAGCACCAUUCACUCAGUCACCACCUCAUAUCAGCCCUGGGGGACAGUGUGGGGGAGGAGGAUGAGUGGAUGGUAGUGGUUACUGAGAGGAGGCACUGUCCUGCGUAUACAUAAUCCUCUUCUUUCUUCCCCUAUCUUGUCCCACUGUAGGUGGCGGCAUUUGAGUUGGAUUCUUCAAUCACAUUUAGAUGCCGAUAAAAUGGCUGCACAAGUUGUUCCAUAGAAAUCUACUGAGACGGUAGAUGAGAGGAGAGUUGGAAAGAGAAAAUUUAAAUGAGAUUUGCUGCUGUGUUUGCCAUUGUUUUUAUAGAUCUUGAUUUCUGUUCCCUUUUUUUAUUGUAUUUUUUCCCCCCAGUAGGAUCACGCAUAUUAUAGGAGAAACCAGUUUUGCUAACGAAAGAAUGAAUCAGUUUUGUUUUUGUAGUCAAAUCAAUCUUGUUAAGGAGAUGUCAUUUAGUGAAGCACACUUUUUGUUGUCCAAUCUCUCAUCAUCACUAAUCAAGUGAUUUGUGCACGUGGAAAUGCCCCUCAUUACCGCACGCAUACACUCAACGGUUUCAUACACGGUUACCGCACUGAGACAUGUAAUUCUCGUCAUUUUGUGUUUGUUUUACCAGAAUUUGAAAUGUGAAAAUUACAGCAGUUGAUUGAAAUUAACGAUUGAUUUAUUGAUAAGUCUGCCUGUGAGCCUUUGCUCCUGCCUUCUGCUCUCAUCUCCUUGCCUGGUAAUUACUGAUGUGUGUGUCGGGUGUGUGUGCGUUUGUGGUAUAAACGGGGAAAAGCUCGUAGCUGGACUCUCCUGCAUAUUUAGCCAAAGGUUAAAGCAGCGCAGAGAUGAAGUCACAGACUUUAUUGGCAUUGCUGUUGCCAUGGCAGCAGAGUUUUGAUUGCACUCGCAGGAUUACAUGGAUAAUGUAUAACCACAUACAGCGGUUCCAGAUUAGGAGUUACUGUCACACACCCUUUCACUGCUUCCUCACCCAUCCUUGCUGUCACACAAACACACACCUAAACACACGUCACUGUAAAGCACCCAGACCUGCUGCUAUUGACUGAUUUCAGUGCCCUUAGCGAGAGUAUAGCAGGAUGGGGCUAUUUAGAGGAAUCGGAACGGUGAGGAGUUGAAACGGUAGACAACCUUUGAGCUUAUGUCAACCCUCACAAAGAGGGGCACAAGAACAGGACAGAGAAGACGAUAAAAGAUAAAGCCUCAAGUUCAGAAGCGUUUGGGCAGAAGGACACGUAUUGUUUUGUUGUCUGUACUGAUGAGAGCAGUCAGUGCUGUUUUCCUGUCUCUGCCUCCGCUGGCUGUCCCACCCACAAUGCUUUCAUCUCGGGGUUGUGGUGACAAGGGUCCUUCAGAAAUGUACAGUAGUAUGCACCCUGAGGUGGGGAGGGUCCUCCUCUGUCCCAGCUGGGGGGGGGGGGGGCGGGGGAAAAGAGUCCUUUCUUUGGAGGAUGGAUGAGGGAGGGAGGGUAAUGAUUUUUUUUCUUUUUGUUGAACUUGUACAGGGGUUUCAUCGCUGUAUUAAAAUAUGUACGGUCUUAUUUACAUUCUCUUGGUUUGGUUACAGAAACUAAUAAAAUAAUAUACUGUU